CAUUGGGAAACGAGCGUAAAAGAAUUAAAUGUAAACAAACAUUGUGUACAGGUGGACCGAGUUACCAUGGCAGACUCGGAAGAUGAAGUUGACUAUAUGUCUGAGGAGUUUUUAGCACAGUGUGUUGGCAAAGAUGACAUCAGACCAGGACUCAUGUUUUCCCAUUCUUCUAAACGGCAAGCAGAGAUGGAGAAAAAGAAGAAAAUUAAGGAUGUUAAACAGCAAACAAAAUUUAAGACCAUGAAAGAGGUGCAGAAGGAACGAUUAGAGGAAGGUCUCAGCACUGCCAUUAGCUCUUCGAAUAAAGGCUUCUCAAUGCUUCAGAAAAUGGGGUACAAACCUGGAACAAGCCUUGGAAAGCAGAAUCAAGGAAUGUUAGAGCCCGUUGCUGUAGAGUUGAAAUCAGACCGAGUUGGCCUAGGAUGGCAACAGAUGAUUGCAGAUCAUCGUAAGAAACGUGAAGAACGAAAACACCAAAGAAAAGAAAAAAAUAAAGAUGACUUGGAUCCAGAAAAAUAUCGG